AUGCACAAGAUCAAUGUUUACAAAAGAUAUUUGGGUUUUCACCACUGUCAGGCCAAUUCUAAUGGUCAGAUAUGGUGUUUGUGGAAAAAUUUUGAUUAUACUGAAGUGUUGAUCUAUAAUGGCCAACAGAUGACCUUGAAACUCAAGGAUUCUCCUACUGACAAAGUUUCCUAUGUGACUUCUAUUUAUGCAAAAUGUACAUCAUCUCAGAGGGAAGAGCUCUGGGAUAGUAUUAUUGACAUGAACAAUCACAUUGAUGGACCUCGGUGUAUGGGGAUCAUCACGGAUGAAGACAAUAAAUUUCUCACAAGUGUUCCACAAAAGGAGGAAAUCAAGAAAGUUGUUUUCAGUUUGAGUAUCGACAGCUCAGUAGGACCAGAUGGCUUCAAUGAAAUUGUCCAUGGUAUUUCUAGCAAAAAUCUGGGUGACAAUGUGAUUUUGAAACUUGAUAUGGCCAAAGCUUAUGAUAGGCUAUCAUGGUCCUUUCUUGCUAAAGUAUUAAAAAAAUUUGGCUUUAAUGACAUUUGGAUUGAUCUUGUUUGGAGAAGUAUUUCCAAUGUUUGGUAUUUUGUUAUUGUUAAUGGUUCUAGACAAGGUUUCUUUACUUCUUCUCAAGGAUUAAAACAAGGAGAUCCUAUCUCUCUAUCUCUUUUUAUUAUUGCUGCUGAGGUUCGGUCUAGAGCUCUCAAUAGUCUUCUGUCUAAUAAGAACUCCAUACCUUUUUCUAUGCACAAAUUGGGUCCUCAAAUUACCCACCUUGCUUAUGCUGAUGAUAUUGUUAUCUUCAGUAGUGGGAAAUCCAAGUCCAUUAAACUGAUAAUGAAAUGUAUUAGAAGGUAUGAGAAGAUCUCUGGUCAGAUGGUUAAUAAGGAUAAGAGUUUCUUCCUGACAAGCCCUAAGACCUGUUGUCCUAUUUACAUAGGACACAAAAAAUUGUGCUACUUUGAUGGUAUGAUUGCUAAGAUAAUGAAAAGGCUCAAUGGUUGGCAAGGGAAUAUGCUCUCUUAUGGUGGAAGACAUGUACUCAUUAAAAGUGUCAUUUUUUCAUUACCUACAUAUAUUCUGUCUACUAUUAACGCUUCUGCGGGUACUAUUAAGCUCAUUGAGAAGCACAUUGCAAAUUCUUCUGGGGAACAAAGGAAGGAAAGAACAAAUAUCAUUGGAGUGCAUGGAAUAAGCUAUGCUUUCCAAAAGAUGAAGCAGGGAUUGGCAUCAGAGGACUAA